AUGACCAUGCGGUCAUACCAACGGAAAAGUCAUGGUUUUGAAAUACUGCAACAACAGGCUGUUGGAUGCUGUUGUUUGAAUGAUCAAAUACAUGACCAAUUGAACAAUCAGUCAAACAUUUGGUAUACAGUGACAGGUGACAAUCUGACACUACCUGAUCACUGGAUGCAUGACCGCAAUUGGAGAGAUCAACACAGCAUACUACUGAGGUUGAUUAUACACCAACAGCGAUGCUUGUAUAUUGAUUCACCCUACAGUGUGAUUCUGGAAUGCGUUAUACUUGCGUUGCAGGCGGUUGCUGCAAUUCGACUUGCAUUACACUCACCUUUUGAAAGUGCCAGUCCAUCAAACAAUAGGCUGUCAAAACGAUCACCCGUUGAAUUGGGUGGUGAUAUCACAAAAUGCUACACAAUGAGAUCCAAUGUUAAUGGAGUCAAUUUGAAUUUGCAAGUCAACUCAGCAGCUCCUGGUAUAAUUGCACCACUUCCUAGUUCAAGCAACUAUGCAGGUUUGGCUCCAGAAAGUACUCCAAGUGGAGAACCUGUUGCUAUAAAUUACAAAGGCGAAGAGUAUAGAGGAUUUAGUUCCACAGCCGUUGUGACGAUUCCGGGUACUAGGAUAACUGGCAUCAAUUUACCAGUAAUCUUGGUUGAAAAACAAUCACCAGAUCUAGUUGGUAUCAAUCCAAAGUUUGAUGGAGUAUUUGGGUUUGGCUAUCUUUCGUUGUCAAGCCAUUACACAUCAGUCACCGCGAUGGAUGCUUUGUACAGUUAUGGUGUCAUUCCUAAUAACGAGAUUAGUAUUCAACUAUGCUCAUAUGAUAUGCUGCAAGAUAGUUUCAUCAAUAUAGGAAACACGGACGUAACUGCAAAAUGUGGAACGGAUGGAAAAAGUGUUGCAUGGGUAAACUCACCAAUAGCCGAUCAAUUUACUGUCGACAUCAAGAGUAUACUAAUCAAUGGCAAAAACGUAAAUCUACCUGCUGAAUUUCAGCAAGUUGUGGAGAAUGGACUCGUGACAAUGCUGAUUGAUGCUAUCCUUGAUAGUGGUGCAAUCACUGUCAAGAAUACUAUGCUCAGUAACGAUUACCUUGACAAAAGAAGGAUUAAAAAAAGAUUAAAAGAAAAUCGGUUAAUGUCCGAAUCCACUUAUAAUAUCAAUUGGGACAAGAUGCCGACAAUUUCAAUUACAAUGCAUGCUGAAACUCCUGUAACUUAUGACAAUAGCAACUCUGUUGUAACGAUUGAAUUGGGUCCUAGAGACUAUAUGCAGAGAAUUGACUCUAAAUAUGUGGUGUUUGCUGUAAAAGUUGGUCCAAAUUACAAAGCAACUCUUGGUAUAUCAUUUAUGACCCGACUUGGGUUGGUAUUUGAUCGAAAGCAUGCACGCAUUGGGUUUGGUCCUGGAUGUGGAUGCAAAGUCGUGACUGAUGGAUAUCCUAUUAUUUCAAACAGUGAUCAAGUGCUCUGGUCACCAUCACAAUUGCCUGAACAACCAAGUGGUUCAAGUUCAGAUGGCACAUCUACUCUUAGGAGAUCAUUGUCGCGACUUGGUAGUACUCUCCGUGAUAGUAUUCGUCGUGGUAGUAGGCGGUCAAAGCCUAAUUACGAGAAAUUUGAGGACUAA